GCAAAUAAUUACUUAUAUAUAAUGUACCAUGAUGAUGAUGUACAUUACAAGAAGAUGCAUUUAUCAAACUCCGCCCUCCGGAAAAAAAUACCGCCUCUCGACAUGCGCCUUCGUAGUUACAACCCUCUUUCUCACUUGUGAUCGGUGGCAUCUAUUUGGGGUAGUAAGCAUCUAAUUCAAAUUUAUCCUUCUUCAUGUUUGGAUUCUUUGGUGAAGUGCGGGAAUUUUUAUCUUUAAUAUUAAAUCUUGUAGAAUUUUUAACUAAUUAAAAGAAAUUUAAAAAAUUUAAAAUCGUCUUAAUUAAAAGAAAAUUUGCAAAAAGAGUUUGUAAUGUCUGGUAAGAGUCAAACAUAAUUGAAUAAAUAAUUUUUUCCAGUUUGUUAGAAUUAAAUUUUUUGAACGAAUUGCCUAAAUUGUUAGAAUAUCAAUUAACAUGAGUUUCGUUCUUUAUUGAAAUAUAAAUAUAUUUUUAAGUAAAUUGUGAUUUAUGUUUCGUAAUUUUAUUAUUAAAUAAAACAAUGUGCAACAUAGUGCAAGAAACGCCUUUAGAUUUGAGCUGUCGAAGUUCUGAAAGGAAAAUAAAUUUGUUAAAUUCAUCGAAGUUUCAAAAAUUUUGUUUAUCUUGUCAAACGUGUGGCAAAAACUUUGACAGACCGUCUUUGCUCAAAAGGCAUCUACGAACGCAUACAGGUGAAAAACCACAUGGUUGCAUUGUGUGUGGAAAAAUGUUCAGUACAAGUAGCUCGUUGAAUACACACGUCAGAAUACAUACGGGAGAACGACCACACGAAUGUCUCAUUUGCGGGAAACGUUUCACAGCUUCGUCGAAUUUAUAUUAUCAUCAAAUGACUCAUUAUAAGGUUUUUUAUUAAAAUGCUAUUUUAAAGUUGUUAAUA